AUGGUCCCGGGGAGCGCAGGGGCUGAGCCCCCCCCCGGCUGGUACCUCCGGGACCAGGGCAGCGGGACGCUCUACAAGCGGGGACGGCUCCUGGGAGAGGGCACCUUCGGCCGCUGCUACCAGGUGACAGAGGUGACCAGUGGCCGGCUCUACGCGGCGAAGGUCAUCCCGCGAGCCCGGCUGGCUGCUGCGGGCAUCGGGGACCGGGUGGAGCGGGAGCGGGAGCUGCAGCGUCACCUGCGGCACCGGCACAUCGUGCGCCUGCACGGGCACUUCGCCGACAGCGGCCACCUCUGCCUGCUGCUGGAGCUCUGCAGCCGGGGGUCCCUGGCCGACAUCCUGUGGGCGCGGGGCCGCCUGACGGAGCCGGAGGUGCGGUACUACCUGCGGCAGCUGCUCUCGGGGCUGCGCUACCUGCACGGGCACGGCCUCGUGCACCGGGACCUCAAACCGAGUAACUUCUUGGUGACGGAGCGGAUGCGGGUGAAGAUCGGGGACCUGGGGCUGGCGCAGCGGGCGGCACCGCCCGGGCGGCGCUGGGGGGCACUCUGUGGGACACCCAGUUACCUGGCCCCGGAGGUGCUGGACCGCAGGGGACACGCGGUGCCCUCGGACAUCUGGGCCCUGGGCUGCGCCCUGUACACGGCGCUGACUGGCCACGCCCCGUUCGAGGCUCGCCACCGGCCGGAGCUGUUCCGGCGCAUCCGGAGCGCUCGGUACCCGCUGCCCCCCCAGCUGUCCCCCCGCGCCCGCGCCCUCAUCGCCCACAUGCUGGACCCCGACCCCGCGGCACGGCCCAGCCCGGCGGGGGUGCUGGGCCACCCCUUCCUCACCCAGGGUUUCACACCCCACACGCUGCCACCCCGCGCCUGCCACUCCGUGCCCAUCUUCGUGGGACAGGAGCCCCUGUGCCGGAUCCUGCGGGGGCUGCGGUGCUGGCGGGGGUGUGGCUGUGUCCCUGUCACCCCCACCCCUCCCCAAAGCACCUGA